AUGAUUCAACUGAAUCUGCAAGUCGAACACGUGGCCCGAGCCCUGCAGCAGGAUGUGGCCCAGCAGCUCGAUGCUGCUCAACCCUCAGACCUAGCCUCGGCCAGAAGAUGCAUCAAUGAUACUCUCCUCACUGCAGCUGCCAAAUACUUUCCCAGCCGUCCUCCACCGGAUAACCGUAUCAGUGCACAGACAUCCUUUCGUGCAUCAGCCAAGCUAACCUGGCGACAUUAUCAUGAUCUUAAAGCUGCCAGUGUAGCGGUUCCUCAUGCGGUAUUCCUCAAGUGGAGGGCAGCCUGUGCCUUCGCCAAGGCAUCGCGACAACUUCGCACACAGAGCCGACAGCUCAAGAAGGCAACCAUGCUUGCAAAGCUUGAGGAAGCUGAAUGUGCAGCCCAGCAAGGCAACCAACGCCUUCUGCAUCAGAUCGUGCGAAGCCUGGCACCUCGUAACACCACACUCCUGUCCAGACUUCGUGAUCCUGAUGGUCACGUCUUAGGCAAAGAAGCAGCACUGCAGGCCAUGCUUCAGUAUGCCAAGGACACGUUCAGUGUCAUGCCGGAUGAACCUGUCAUUCUGCCAAUGCAGGAGGACUGGCUCUGCACAGAUGCCGAGGUCCGAAACGAGCUGACAAAACUUGGCAUGUACAAAGCUGCGCCUGUCGGCAUGGCUCCCGCAGCUUUAUGGAAAACUUGUGCGGAGGCGAUUGCUCCACUGCUGGGCACACACAUCCGGGUUCAUUUGCAUUUUGAGGAGGUCAGUGCCAUAUUGAGAGAGAAUCGUGUUGACAGAUUUCAGCAAUACGCUGGCAAACGCAAACACGGCUGUGUGGGGGGACUUAGCUUAUCGCUUGACCUCUCGCGUGCCUAUGAUCUCACCAACCGCCCGAUUGUCUACACAACACUUGCCCAACAUGGUGUCCCGCAAGACACCAUCACCGUCAUUCAGCAAUUACACAAAGAUGCACAAUAUGUCUUCCGAUCCGGGGAUCAAGUUGCCAGUCAGAUCACGACAAAUGGUCUGAAACAAGGAUGCUGUAUCGCACCCUUCUUAUGGUCCUUCUACACGGUAGCCCUGAUGCACCAUCUCAUUGACAAACUCGGUGAGGAAUGGUUGCAACGUGUGCUUGUUCUCUUUGCUGACGAUCAUUGGUGCCAUUGGGUAAUCAGACAUAAAGAAGACUGGGAUGCGGCCAUUGCAAAUAUGACUGUUGUCCUUGAGGCUCUUCUUGCCUUCAAAAUGAAGGUGAACUAUGGCAAAACUGCGAUUCUGGUGAUGAAAAAUGGUACUAGAUAUCUCAUCAUCAAAGUUCAGGGUCAAGAACAGCUUAUUCCCAUCAAAGAGGCUCACGAGUAUCUUGGCACUAAAGCUCGUCUCGAUAUGCCUGGCACCGCGCUGCUGACAGCCCUGCGGCAGUUCCACCAGGUACUGCACAGCAAGGCACAAUCGUCCCCUGACAUAACUACACAACCCCAGAUCUUUGCUCACCUGCAAAGACUGGAAGACUCGCUGCAAAUCCUUGCAAGCGAGCAGGAGCGAAAAGCUGAUGAACCGGCAGAAGGCACUGAGCCACAGAUUCCGUGCCCAGAGUGUGACGAUAUGUUCACCACUGAACAUGCGAUGAGACUGCACUGCCAGGUUAAGCACGCCUUCCUGCCACCAAGAGUGGCAUGUACGACUUUUUAUCGGUGGCAGAAUCUUCGACACCACAUUGAAAGUGGAGCCUGCGAGAAGCUCGGAGGUGACAGCUUUAUCAAGCAUCCUCCCAAGAAUCCUGACGAACAGGCUGCAGCGAGCUCGCUGCCAAGCCCGCCGCCGGGCCUUCCUGCAGACACGGCUGUUGGAGUGCAGCAAAACCUGCCCUUGGUUGAUCGUUUGCUCUUUCAUAACUUGCAGCAUGACUGGGAGAGGCUACUGCGUGAUCCCACACUGAAGGCUGACCUCAUGGCUCAUUGCAGCAUUUGCCACAUGUGGAUAGCUAAGUCCUCGCACAUUAAGCAACACAUUCGCAGAAUACAUGAUGCUGAGACGCCUGGUCUUCAUGAAGCGGCAAUGUGGGGGCCCCAGGCCGUCACUCCCAACAAUGCGACUGUGCCGGAGAGUGUGGGACUCAAUCCGGAGGUGGACAUCUUCGCCUUUUGCGAUCCUUCUCUGUCUCUGUUGCUAAAGUCGUCGACGCCCCUGGCCUUAGUGAGCGAAGCGGCACCCGAGAGCUCAGAGAGCAACCAGCAGCCCAAGCGACCACGCCCGGAGCCCAGCCCUCUGUUUGUGAACAGAAGCCGGCAUCCGAAUCGACCGCCCCAAGCACCCUUCCAUCCGAAGGGACCGCGAGGGGGAGGCUACUAUCCAUUUCAUCAGCCAUCGACCAUGGACCCUCAAGUUCGUCUGAUGGCAAAGCUCAUGCUUCAGCACGAGGAAAUGCUGGCAGCCCAACGGGUCGACAAGGUGUUCAUUAUGUUUCUGAGACAGGAUUAUGCAAGCAUCAUUCCCAAUCUUCACUCCAUCUCCCAGCAAUGGCACAGCAAGAAUCAUCAACAGGAUGCCACGGAUCAAACGGAGACGGUGCAACAGUCCCCCUUGAGGACCGUGUUGAUGGCUUGCUUGCUCAAGGAGCUUUUAGCACGAGUGCAGAAGAUGGCCUCCACAACGGAAGGCCAAGGAAAGCUUCAGGCUGCGGGCUGGAUGGACGAGAAGGGCGAGUGGACCUUCCUCAGGUUCUGUCACAAAACCAAGAAAUUGGUGAGGGAUCUAAAGAAGGAGUGCAUGAACCACCAAGAGGCUGUGCGUCAAAUUUCCUUCAUGCUGGAGCACAUGCGCGGAGAAAUCGUACAGAAGUUCAACUCCACGCAAUCGUUGAAGGUGCUGGAGGAGAGCAUCCAACGAGAUGCAUCAGACCUUGUGUACACUGAUCGGCAGCUCCCUUUGGCAGCUGUUGGGCAUUUCACUCAAACGGGGCACCUUGAAACGGUCUCCCCUGGCGGAUCAGCUGGCCCAGCUGGUGUACGGCCACUGAGCUUCCCGAGCUCAGACGGAGAGCGAUUCAGCCUGACUCUCAGCAAAUGUCAGCCGCCCUCCUUUAGCUUGCAGAAUCCGGGCAAUCACUGCUAUGCCAUUGCUUUUCUCUAUGCUCUUGAUAUUGCAGUGCGCAUGCUUGGCCUACAAUCACACAUGCCACCCACAUACAUGAAGCUACAAGGUCAGCGACGGGGAGGAGUCUUUCGGCUCCUGGGGUUUCUUACUUUGGGGUGGCGGGACCCUGAGCAGCAACAUGACACUGUCGAAUUCAUUGAUUUUCUUCACUGGCAAUUGUUGCCCAGGUCUUUGUCUGCCGGGGUUUGGCAAGGAAGAUGGCAGGCCGAUGAUGAUGACGAUCACAUCAGCAUCACUCUCGGCACAUCCCUCUCUAAAUGUAUAGGCCUCAUUUGCCCCCCUAAGCACUGCCCCAAUGUGCAAAGCCUUAUCAACUUCUGGUCAGCCCAAGAGCAUUGCCAGGCGAUGGCACAACCGAUGCCAUGGCUUUUUCUGCAGCUUCCCAGAUUUCGAUACAGGUGUGGGGUUGUUAACAAAACCAAGCAGUGGUUCAACAUCCCAACGGAUCUUCGGGUACCUCUCUUUCUUGACGAGCACAGCUUGGCGAUCAGGUGGGUUCCGUACCGCACUGUAGCGAUCAUACGCCAUCAUGGCCGCACGGCCUCAUCAGGUCAUUACACGACGGUCCUCCCUUCUGAGCGGGGCCUUCUCAGCUUGGAUGAUGCGAAAGCGCCGGCAUUGCUUGAUGACAAGAGUACUGCAGCAGUCAGUCGCGACAUGUAUGUUGUUGCGGCAGUGUGCACUGAGCCCUCACUUGUGCAAACCUUUCACAGCGAGUCCUCCAUGCCCGAUCCAGCAGUCAUGGCACGACUCUGGCUACGAUACAUCGACCUGCACGGAGAGGAAUGGGUGGCAAGCCAAAUGUAUUUACAAGAACAACUGAUCCAUCAGCUCACACAGGACUUCCAUAUUCUUCAGCAGCGCCACGACUCACUACAGUAUCAGAUCGAAAGGCUGAUUCGCAAUCAGAACACGUACUACUACAACCAGACAGCCAAGGCCAGUCGCAACAAGUGUCAUCGAGUUCAGCCGCGACAAAUCGAUCUGAACACCCUGGACGACUAG